GACGGCAGCCGAAAAAUGUGGUGCAUUUCUUUACAUAAGCAGGGGUAAUGAAUUGUUCCGCGCAGGUUCCGCGGCAAACGGCCAUUACACCAUUACUUAGUACCACUGACGCACCACCAACUGACCACAACUUGAUGUCCGUCUUUGGGAUGUCUCGCUCAGCGCGAAUUAAGCUGUUGCUUGUCAUCGACGUGAUAUUUUUCUUCAUUGAGCUCAUCGCAGGUUAUGCUGUUGGUUCACUUGCUCUAGUCGCCGACAGUUUUCACAUGCUGAACGAUGUGAUAAGCCUUGUAGUUGCUCUCUACGCCAUCAAGUUGUCACAAAAAACUGCCAACGAUUCUAGAUAUUCGUAUGGGUGGCACAGAGCUGAAAUCCUCGCUGCCCUUGUGAAUGGGGUAUUUCUCCUUGCGCUCUGCUUCUCUAUCACUAUGGAAGCUUUGGAGCGCUUCUUUACUACUCCAGAAAUUUCAAAUCCUCGUCUCAUUGUGAUAGUAGGAUCUUUCGGUCUGGCGUCUAAUAUUGUUGGUCUCUUCCUCUUCCAUGAACAUGGUCAUUCACAUGGUCACGACCAUAAGACCUCUGCGCCCGCAUCCCGUACUCCGAGCAUCACUAAUUCAGAACGAGCUGUAGACGAUGACAUCACUUCCCCGGGAAAAACAUCUGCGUGGCCUAGUAGCCGUGAGCGCUCUGGCUCGUUGUAUGGACACCCAAUUGCGACGCGUGCGUCCGUUGUGCAAGCUGCUCAGGACAUUGCAUCAUCCGGAGGCCAAUCUCCUUCGCAUGCGAGGCGAGCAAGCUCCUCCAGCCACGUGAUCGAUGAGCGCCUCCCACUACUCGGAGCCGAAAUAACCGAGGUGUCGACUUCAACAGCCCACCAUCAUGCGCAUGGCUCCAUGAAUAUGCGCGCCCUGGUCCUACAUGUGUUAGGUGAUGCCCUAGGGAAUGUCGGAGUCAUCGCUACCGGCUUGGUCAUCUGGCUCACGAAUUGGCAAUUCAAGUUUUACUUCGAUCCUGUUAUCAGUCUUGUGAUCACGGUCAUUAUCUUUUCGUCUGCUUUGCCAUUGGUCCGGAGCGCGUCUUUCAUUCUCCUCCAGGGCGUGCCACCCACUAUAUCCCUAGACGAAGUUCGGACAUCCAUUCUGAAUGUAGAUGGGGUGCUUUCCGUGCAUGAAUUGCACGUGUGGCAACUAUCGGAAUCCAAGAUCGUCGCAUCGGUACACGUGAUGGCGUCACGAAACCACGACUUCAUGCCUGUUGCAGCAGAAAUCAGGAAAACUCUUCAUCAUCACGGCAUCCAUUCUAGUACCAUUCAACCAGAAUAUCAUACCCGCCACAUGUUUCCGGAAGAGAACCUGAAGACAUCUGCAGACUCGUCGUGUUUGAUACUAUGCCCAGCGGAUCAAAACUGUGAUCCGGCCGAAAACGCUUGCUGCCCCCCGCCCGCACCAGGCGUUUAACUUUACUUUAUGGGUCAAUAUGCGCGAUAAUUUGUUCUGGGCGAGUGAUAUAUGGCAGUGGAAAUCAGACGGCGAGGCGUAAAUAGAUUUUCGCGAGAUAGAUAGAUGGUCAUGAACUUUGUCUACAUAACAAAUGCAGGGAAGUUUGUGACGAAGGCAG